UUGUCUUUUACAUUCGUAUUCAGAACAUACGUUCUGUGACAUGUUUCAACAAGAGGCAGUAGAUCUGUUCAACGUUUGAGACGUUGCACCUAAUAGGCGAACUGAACUCCACAUUUUCAUUUUUAGUAUAUUAGAUACUUUUAAAGGGUAUGCACCUUCAAUCUGGAUCAGUUAGGCCAUGCUCUCAAGUACUGAAGGAAAAACCUAAAACAAAGUUCUGUGGUCAAGGCAAAAACGUUUAUCUAUUUGCCGUCUGAGCCUGGCAAGGAAACCGUAGUUGAUCGCAAUCCUAUACUUGGAACCAAAAAAGAAAAAAAGAGAAUCCUAAUCUACCCAGCAUGCAGUCAACUCAAUGGUGGUUGGGAGAAUAUAAUUGUUUAAAAAUCGGACGGACAAAAUCGACAAACUAGAAGAGCUUCUUCUUUUGAGGACCCAUUUGGCCAAAUAAAAAGAAAAGAAGAAACACCGCUACCCAUCUCAGUCUUGAAAAAAGAAAUAGAAAAAUUGUCCAUCUUAUGUCAUAGAUUUAUAGAGAUUCUCUUUACAAGAAGCAUUCCUGACAGAAUGUUAAUUAGACAGAAGAAGAAGAAACAUAAGCCUUAUACUCUCUGAUGAGUCAGUUAGGAGUGCUUCUGAUAAUUCUUUGCUUAUUAUUCUUCCCUGUCAAAGCCCAAAACAUAUCGGAUUCUGAUCAAUCAGGUGUGCUCAGGCCGCUCCAGCCAAGCCUUGCAGUAGUCAUUGGCAUCAUAUCAGUUAUGCUCUCUGUAACAUUUCUCAUACUUGCCUACGCAAAAUUCUGCCGCAGAAACCUAACUGACAAUCACUUAUCCCAUGAUACCAAUCACCAAGGUUUCACACUUGUUCGAUCAAGAUCAAGAUUAUCAGGCAUUGAUAGGGAAGUCAUUGAUUCACUUCCCUUCUUCAGGUUUUCUUCACUCAAGGGCUCCAAAGAAGGAUUAGAGUGUGCAGUUUGCUUAUCGAGAUUCGAAGACAUCGAAAUUCUUCGAUUGUUGCCAAAGUGCAAGCAUGCUUUUCACAAAAACUGCAUUGACCAGUGGCUAGAAAGUCACUCUAGCUGUCCUCUUUGCAGGUACAAAUUCGACCCUAACGAACUCAAAAGCUUCAGAUAUUCCAACAGCUUAAGAUACUCACAAACCCCUUCGAAUCUGGCGGAUGAUCCCAAUCUUGAGCUCUUUAUCCACAGAGAGCAAGAUUAUCAAGGGUCGUCAACAUUUAACCUUGGCAAAGGCAAGAAGGAAGAGUUGCUUUCUCAAGAAGGUCAUAACAAGAAAUUCUUGCAUAAAUUCAAGCACAAGAUUAUUGUUUCUGAUGUUAUUAUCAAGAACAGAUGGAGUGAUUUCAACUCCUCAGAUUUAUUAUCCAUGAGUUCUGAGAUGCUUAAUGUCAUGUCAAGCAACAUGUUCUCGCACUCGGAUUCAACUAAUGGAAGAUCCUAUAAUAAUUUGUCUAUGAAUGAACACAUAGAAAAGAUUAAAGAGGAUAUAGAGAGGAAGAGAUUGUGUGAAUCCAAGCUUACCAAAGCUGAAGGAAGUGAUUCGUUUUCAGCUUCUUGUUUUCCAUCUACCUCGUAUAAGGGUGAAAGUUCAUUGAAAAUGAUCAAUCCUGGAGAGAAAAGAUCAAUAUCUGAGAUUACAGUCUGCUCAAGGUUCAAUGGCUCAAGUCUGAAGAACAAAAUCAGAGAGUCUGCAUCACCAAGGAGCAGUGAAAGAGAAGACAGGACAAGGAGGCUUUGGUUCCCGAUAGCACAAAGAACGGUUCAAUGGUUUGCAGAUGGACAAGAGCUAGAGUGCAGAAGGCAAAGAUCAAGUGUUUGAGAUUUAUCUCGAUUAGCUGCAACUUCUCAAGAUUGAUAAAUUUCAUUUGUGUUAUGGUUUAGAAAUCAAGGUGACCCUUUUCACAUAUAUACUCAGAUGUACUUGUGUUAACUAUGUGAAUUCAAGAAAAUUUUGAUCUGGGGCCGCACAAGCGCUAAUGUUAAGCUUUGCUCUUCAGCGUCUUGUCUAAAUUGCGUGCUUAGAUCAUUUUUUCCCUUUAAUAUUUCCUGCUUUCGGAAUUAA